AUGGGUAACGUUUUCUCUAUCUCAAUAUCAAUCUCGCCUGGGGACCUUGGUGGCUGGUGGCAAUGGAUUGCUGGGCGAGCUUGUAGGGUUGAGGGAAGAGGAAGACCAAGUGAACCAACAGUGGGCUUGGAAAAUAUGCUAGAUAAGGUAUGGAGCUGCCUCAUUCAAGAACAUGUGGGAAUUAUUGGCCUCUACGGCAUGGGAGGAGUUGGCAAAACUACACUCUUGACCCAAAUCAACAACAGGUUUAUCAAUACGUCUCAUGAUUUUGAUGUUGUUAUCUGGGUAACUGUGUCAAAAGAUUUGAGACUUGAAAAGGUUCAAGAUGAAAUUGGGGAGAAGAUAGGUUUUUUUGAGGAGAAAUGGCAUACAAAAAGAAUUGAUGAGAAAGCUGUAGACAUCUACAACGUGUUGCGCAAAAAGAAGUUUGUGUUGUUGUUAGAUGAUGUAUGGGAGCGAGUUAAUCUGAUAAGACUAGGAGUUCCUUUUCCAGAUGGACAAAACAGCUCCAAGGUAGUAUUCACAACUCGUUCGGAGACUGUAUGCAGCCUAAUGGAUGCUCAAAAGAAGAUUAAAGUGGAGACUCUGGAGUGGGAAGAAGCCUGGAAACUAUUUCGAGACAAGGUUGGAGAAGACAUCCUCGGUAUUCAUCCAGAUAUACCUCAUCUUGCACAAGCUGUUGCCAGAGAGUGCGAUGGUUUGCCAAUUGCACUCAUUACUAUUGCUCGAGCCAUGGCUUGCAAGAAGACACCCCAGGAAUGGAGUCAUGGUCUUGAAGUGCUGAGAAAAUCUGCCUCAGAAUUACAAGGUAUGGGUGAUGAGGUGUUUCCUCUUUUAAAGUUCAGUUAUGAUAGUUUGCCUAAUGUGAGAAUUCAAUCUUGCUUCUUAUAUUGCACCUUGUUCCCAGAAGACUAUAAAAUUGAUAAGGAUGACUUGAUAGAUUAUUGGAAUUGUGAUGUAUUUUGGAAUGAUUUUGAUCAUAAUGGAGGGAGUACUUCUCCCACCGAGGGAUUCAACAGUAUUAGCACUCGAUUACUGAAAGAUGAAAUUCCAUCUGCUCGUAAUGAAGGGUACGAAAUUAUUGGUACUCUUGGACGUGCCUGUUUAUUGGAAGAUGAAGGCAAAUACGUAAAGAUUCAUGAUGUGAUUCGUGACAUGGCUUUAUGGAUUGCAUGCGAAUGUGCAGAGAAAAAAGAACAUUUUUUGGUGCAAGCAGGUGCUCAGUUGAUUAAAACGCCAAAGGCUGAUGAAUGGGUAGGGGCAAGCCGGAUGUCAUUGAUGGCGAAUUCCUUUGAAGAUCUACCAGAAAGUCCUAGUUGUCCUCGUCUUUUGACUUUAUUUCUUUGUCAUAAUCAUGAUUUGAGCAUGAUCAAUGGUGACUUCUUCCAGUAUAUGGAUGCAUUAGCAGUUCUAGAUCUGUCGGAGACUCGUAUAGAAGAAUUGCCUCUAGGAAUUUCCAGAUUGAUUUCAUUGCAAUAUCUUAAUCUAUCUAAUACAUGGUUAAGGCGAUUAUCAUUUGAGCUAAAGGGGCUGAAAAAACUAAAAUACUUGAACUUGGAGAGCAAUGGUCACCUGAAAAUGAUUCCAGGGCAGGUGAUAUCUAAUUUGUCAUCACUGCAAGUUCUGAGAAUGCUGAGAUGUGGGAGUCAUUUGUAUGAAAAGGCGGGAGAUAAUAUAUUGUCUGAUGGUAAUUUGCAAAUAGAGGAGCUCAGGUGUUUGGAAAAUCUGAAUGAAUUAAGCUUCACAAUCAACUAUGCGUCCAUUCUCCAGAGCUUUCUCAACGCCCACAGAUUACAGAACUGCACUAAAGCUCUACUCCUAAUGUGCUUUGAUUCGCCAAACUCGAUCAACAUUUCAUCUUUAGCGAAUAUGAGGCAUCUGGGCGUCCUGGAAAUCCUAGCCAAUCCUAAUUUGGAAGAGUUGCAUGUUGAUUUUGCUGUGCAAGGAACAUCACAAAUGCCCUCUAUGAUCUCAACUAGGAAAUGCUUUGACAGCCUUCGGCAAGUACUUGUUUAUAAAUGCGACAGAUUGCGGGAGUUGUCAUGGCUUAUUCUAGCCCCAAAUCUGGAAAAUUUGAGAGUCAUAUCUAACCACAAUAUGGAAGAAAUAUUCAGUACCAGAAAAAUUAUUGAACUGCUAAUUAGGAGCAGAAAUCCAACACCAUUCACGAAACUUGAAUUUCUUGAAUUGCGUAAAUUACCGAAAUUGAAGAGUGUGUAUUGGAAUGCACUGCCCUUCCCAUUCCUGAGAAAAAUGAAAGUGUAUAAAUGCCCUAUGCUCAAGAAGCUUCCAUUAAAUUCUGAUAAUACAAAGGGAUGCAAAGUUGUCAUUGAAGCAGAGGCACAAUGGUGGGAACAUCUUGAAUGGGAGGAUGAUGCUACUAAAGCUGCCUUUCUACCCCAUUUCACACAUUACACAAUUCGGUAGAGGUAAGAAAUUUGACAAAUCUACGUCGUAUGCUUCAUAUUUCGGAUGAUGAGCAUUUGAGAGUGCUAAGAAAUUUGAUAGUAUGCUUCUUGUCAGCUGACGUGAUUUUGUCCCUUUUUCUCCUCCUCGAUAUAUUUUCCUUAAUUGAUGUCAAGAUGUUGUAAAGGAAUAAAUGGCGUGACAGAAAUGUAUAAUCUAGAUUUUAUUUCUUUGUCUUUUGAUUUAUCAU